AUGUAUGUAUACAAACAUAGCAUGACUUACAUUCUCCCACAGAAACGCCGCAUUCCAUCUCCCUUGUCUGACUCUUGCGGCUCUCGACUGCAACAUGCGGGUGCCAGCUGGCAACAUACUAAGUUCACAGCGAACCAAACUCACCGGAGAAACGUAACAAUUCACCUCUCAUAUGACCAUUCGUGUAACAUACCACACAAUACCGCUGAAAAAGAGCGACUACUUACCAUACUAGCCCACAAUCUCCACAAUCACAUGCUUUUUCUUCCCCUCCCCCCCAUCUCAACCCACUUUCCGUCAGACCACCUUCAGCUGCCUCCAAAAGCAAAAGAUAAGAAAAAGGGGAAUUAA